AUGGUUUUCUUCCUGGCCGUGCCUGGUUCCAGAGAUGGCGCCAGAGAUGGACUCCCAAGAACAGGGUUUUGUGGGGGAACUGUGAUUUCAUCUCGGUAUGUUAUAACAGCUGCUCAUUGCUUCAAAGGUGUUUCUGACAGUUGUGGUGGGGACUCAGGCGGACCUGUCUACCCUCUUCGAAGAGGACGACCUCUUUGUCUGUAUGGGGUUGUGAGCUACGGCAGUGUUACAUGCAGUGGCUAUGGUAUAUACACUAGAGUGUCAGCUUAUCUAGACUGGAUCAGGCGUCGAGUGUAG